GGUCGGUUGACUUUUUGUUAAAAAAAAAGUAUUAUUUUGUCGUGUUAAUUUAAUUAAAUGAUUAUUAGAAAUAAUUGAUUGAUAUUAAAUUUAUAUCAAUAGCAAACAUUUCCCUUAUUAAUAAUCCUUUCGACAAGAAUUCUAUAUAUAUUAAACGUUAGUCGCCAUCUUAAAACUAUCAGAAGUCAUUCCUCCUUGCUCGUAUUGCGUAUCUUCUUAUUUGUUGACAUUAUCAAUAAUUAAACUUCCGCAUUAAGAAGAAUGUUUACUGGAGUAAACAUAAUCGAAUUAUUGUAAAUAGUUGACAAUAUUCUUGAUAAAAUGUGUAUUAAAAGACAACAGAUUGGAAGUGAUGAAAUUAACGAUACGAGCAAUGAUAUUAAAAUUGUGGUGCAUCGGAUUCUUAAGGAUUAAAGUUGCAUAAAAUAUUAAGAAAAUGGCGACAGAUGUCGAGGAAUCAGAUACAGACGAUCAUGAAAGACCAGUUCCGCCAAAACGUCAACGUACAAGAUGCAUUAAGGUCGAUGAAAAUUAUUCCGAAACGGAUAAUACAUCACACAACAGCGAACAUACAAUACAAAAUGCAGAAUAUGUUGAGUUAGAGGACGUAGAAAGAAGAGAGAAAUUAAGGCGAUGGCAAGCUUGCCAAGUUGCAACAGGAGUUGUAGACAAUACUAUUAAUAAUAUGUUGGAAGACCUUAUGCCAUCUGAAUCCUAUUCUGUAGAAGAGACAGAAUUUCGUUUAUUUAGGGGGAAUGACAUGGAAAAUACAGCUGUUAUGAUGGCCAUUCGUAAUCACGGUUUGGUUCAAUCAACAGAACUUCUCUCUCCACCCAAUGACCUCUAUAAUAAUGGGGUGCCUGGCUGUUGGGCUAAUAACAAUUGGACAAAUGUAUCGUGUUGUCCAUCCAAUAAUAUGCAAAAUACAGGAGAUUUUUCUAAUUCUAUAGCUGCAUCAUCGGCAAAUUCCUUGACAAUAUUUGAUCCUAUAGAAGUUCCGCCAUAUAUUGAGCCCACUUGGGAUAUUGAUGAAAUAGCAGUUAAUGAUCAGCAAGAAGAUUUCCUAGAACGAGCUGUAGCAGAAGCUAUCAAGAAAAAAGGCUUAAGUGCAUUGAGUGUUGAUUACGGAUGAACUGUUUCUUUCCACUAAUUGCUAUACGAAUGUAUUAAUACAAACAUGGUAUUAUUAUAUAUAAGACUAUUAUAUACAUAAAUAGUAUAUAAUAGCGGUAAUUUUGUUCUCAUUUUUUAGAAACUUUAUUCCUAUAUCGCAGUUUAUUUUAUUUAGUAAAUAUCAAAAGACUUUAUAUAUGUGAACCAAGCGUGU